CGCGUACCAUGUUGCCUCGGCUGGGACGACACUGGCAAAAGGAACAGCAGCGGCACCAUCGUCAACAUUGUCAACAUCAUCGUCAUCACGUCGGUGGAUGUGUGUAGGAUAGAAAACUCAAAGGAAUUCGCGCAAAAAAAAAUAACGAGAAUUGUCACUGAAAAGGCACCGAGGCCAAAGUGCUACAGCAUUGCCCGUGUGGACUGCAGCAUCCCAACCGGUCGGACGGAUGUAGUUGCACUCGUGGCGCUAGCAAUAAGAAAUCCAGAAUCCGAGCAGCGCCAACGCUAGUCUACAGCAUAAAUAGAAGGUAAACACAAUUUCAACCAUAAUCAUCAUCUGAUAGCGGAAAUAAUCGCAAGCAAUUUCGACGCCGCUCACACAAUCUCGGAGUGCAAGAAAGGCGGUGGUGAACGCCAGCACACAGCGACCACAGCGCCACCGCAUCGUUCGUGGGCGCACUGGAAGUUUUAAACACUCGACAACGUCGUCAUCAUCGCCCCCGUUGACUUGACUUCUGCAGCUUUUUUCGGCAGCACCGGGCGGCAGGCAUUCGUUUGGGAGUUAAACCCUCACCCGAGAAAGCGGGAGCAUAGUGGAGGCACGUGCGGAAGAAAGGUGAUAGUUUAGCGGUAGAGUAGGGUUAGCGUUCGCGUAGAGUGGAGUGGAGCAGGGGUAGAAAAAGGCGGUAGCAAAGUGAGAAGUACAAUGUGUCCCAACGCGUGCAGUACGAGGACGAGACCGAUGCGGACGGCGGGAGAUGACGGUAGUGCAAGGAUAACGAACGUGCGGUCAACAAUGGUGCACGGUUCGACCAAGCGCCACGUGACAAAACAUAGGAUCAGCGCAGGAGUAACGGUGAUGUUGCUGCUCCUUUUAGUGCAGCUCCAAGUGAGCAUAGCACGCGGCAACGAGGAGCCCGACUUCACCAAACAGUGCGGCAACUGCAAGUGCAGCUGGAAAAGUGGACGAAAGAGUGCGGACUGCACCAACCAGCGGCUACCGGGGGUCCCACGGGAGCUCAGCAACGCGCUGCAGAUACUGGAACUCUCGUACAACGAGAUCGACGAGCUGCCGGCCCUGACGUUCAUGAGCGCCCACUACACCAACCUACAGAAGCUGUACCUGCGCAACAACGGCAUGAAGCGGGCGGACCGGGAAGCGUUCCGGAACCUAACCAUCCUGAUCGAGCUGGACAUGGCGAACAACAACCUGAGCUCGCUCGAGCCGGGCAUCUUCGACGAUCUGACCAAAAUCCGCGUCAUCAUCCUGAACAACAACCGGCUCGAGAGGAUCGAGAAGAAUCUCUUCCGCGGGUUGGCCUUUCUCACUAAGGUGCACCUGCGCAGCAACCGGCUGGUGCGGAUCGCGCUGAACAGCUUCGUCAACGUGCCGAUCCUGUCGCAGAUCGAGCUGGACUACAACGAGCUGCAGACGCUGCGGAAGGAGUCGUUCUCGGGGCUGGAGAAGCUGACCAGCCUGUCGCUGACGAACAACCCGUGGAACUGCAGCUGCGCGCUGCGCGCCUUCAGCGAGUUCGUGCUGGCGAAGAACCUAUACACGUCGCCGACGGCGUGCAGCGUGCCGAAGAAGCUCGCCGGCCGCCAGUGGGGCGACAUCGAUCUGGACGAGUUCGCCUGCCCGCCGAACAUCAUCGAGAACCGGAUGCAGUUCCCGGGCGGUGGUGAGAACGCGACGUUCGUCUGCAAGGUGACCGGGUUGCCGCUGCCGACGAUCGACUGGCUGUUCCAGAAGCGACCCCUCUCGCUGCACGACCAACGCAAGCUGGUGCGACAGGCGGUGCGCAUCAACGAGCGCGACCAGAGCGAGAUGCACGUGUCGGAGCUGACGAUCUUCGGCGUGCGGCAGGCGGACCGCGGCUCGUACGUGUGCAAGGCCACCAACCGGGGUGGCAUCGACGAGAAUGAGCUGUUCUUCGACCUAAAGGCGGACCCGCACCCGAUUGCGUCGGCCACCCGGUCGAAGGAUCUGCUCUGGAUCGUACUGAUCGUGCUGUUGGUGCUGCUGGCGAUCGUGGCGGCGCUAAUGAUCUGGUGCGUCUGCAAGCGAGUGCGGAGAAAGAAGAACUCCACCAUGAGCGAGAACGGGCUGAUGAGCGCGAAGAUGAUGGACAAAUCGCAGAACGACUCCAUCCUCGACAGCGGCUCGGUGAUCGUGGAAAUGCAGAAGAGUCUGCUGACGGAGGUGAACCCGGUGGAGAAGCCACCGCGACGGGUGGACAUCGAUGCCGGGGACAAGGUGUUGGCUGGAGUCGGUGGCGGCGGUAGCGAGUAUGACGAAAAGCACGAGGCCCAGCGGACGCUUCUGGACGAGACCGGUUUCGUCGCCCAGGAUGAGGAAACGGCCUCGGUGGCGCUGUCGGACUCGAACCCGCGCUCCCGGGCCACGUACGUAGAUGACGGUUGCGGCACGAACCUUCCGCCGGACCUGCUGGCCUUCCCGUCGCGCUUCCCCCAGUCACCCUCGAUCCAAAGUUCGUUGUCGAACAUCCACGACGGUCGCAUCUACGGUAAAUCGCCGCUAGCCAGCCCGAUCUACCAGAUGGGCCCGGGCACGAGCAGUCUGGGCGGCCCGGGGGGACAGGUACCGGCUGGGUUCCGCACGCUUCAGCACCCGAAGACGGGUCGCACGAUAGCGAUAGCGGCCGGUCGGUCCAACUCACCGUUUACGCCCGCCCCGCUCAUCUACCCGCAGGUGGCCCACAAGCACCAGGGCUACGUGACAAUCCCGCGCAAACCGCGCACCCCCAGCUGGACGCCGUCGAUAAGUUCGGCCGUGACGGCGGAGAUGCUGCCCUCAGGCGGUAGCAACCCCGCCAGCCCCACCUCGCCCAUCGACCUGUCGCUCAGCAUGUGCGAGCCCGUGUACGACAAUCUCGGCCUCCGGACGACGGCGUCCGGCAACUCGACGCUCAAGCUCAACAAAGCCCACCGAGGGGUGACGUCGGGUGCCCCCAACGCCCUCACGUCCACGCCGCUAACGAAGUACAGCAUGAAAGACCGACCGCUACCGGCCACUCCUGGCGGUCAGACGGCAACGAACCCACUGACGCUCGGCAGCAACUACGAGGCCAUUCCGGAGAAGCUCGUCCCGCCCGGUGGCCUCGGGUUGCCCGGGCUCGACCUUGACCAGUCGUCCAUCUACGGUAUGGCCCCGGGUGUCGGCACGAUGAACCGCAGUAAAGUUCCACCCCGGCCACCGCCGAAACCGAAAAAGAAACCGAUCGUUGCCGGUGACGACCCAAGCGUAAGCGGAACGGUCAGUGGUCCGAUGACGUUGAUGGCAGCGAACACUAGCAGCACAAACACCAGCACUAGCCCGUUGUUUGCGGACGAGGGCGACGACGGUACCGAGGUCUAGUGCAGACGAGGCGCUGCGGAGGGGACCAAAACCCGUUCGCACCGGAACGGAAGCGUGCGUGCAAGUGAAUGUGUUUAUAGGUGAACGUGAGUAUAUGAGACUAUAAUUUAAAUCCUACCGUAAGCCCUCUCGACUAUAAGACGCGCGAUGUCGUGAACAUGUUAAAUUUUUCACAAACUUUAACGAAUAGUCCAUAAGCUACUGCGAUAGUUACGGACUAAACCGGCGUGUGUGUGCGGGAGAGAGACAACGUAAUUUUGUGUGCGAACACAUUUACUUUUCGUUCCUUCCGGCACACUACGAUGACAAGGAGAAUUCGUCGUAAAAUAGAUUAAGAAAAAAACUAAAUGAAAGAUAAGCUACGAAUAACGAGCCUGCCCUUUAGCAGGAAGUAGAAUCAUUGUAUGAUCAAUGCAAGUGUACAGAACUAUCGAUAAAGACGAUUUACAGGAUUAGGACCGCCAACAGAAACAAACGAAGGCAACGAGAAAAUCGAUCUUUUUUUCUUCUUUGGUUUAGACGGUAUGAAACAAAAAAUAACGAAACGAAAAUAGCUUUAGCGAGAUAAGUACAGUUCAGUUAAGGAUGAUGUUAAGUAAUGGGUAGAAAGCAAACAGAUGGUAAGCCCGAACGGGAUCUAAUAACUAUUUCUUAUAAUUUUUUAAAGCAAUUAUAUAAUUAAUAACUUUAAGGACGGUAUUAAUUUUUAAAUGGUAAUAGGUAGUACAGUAAAACCGUGAGAUUUACAUCGGCUCCGAAACGGAACGGAACAUCAAUGGCGCCUGUAACAAAACGCGAGAAAUUGCGUUCGUUCAUGAUUUAAGUUUUGUUAGACCGUGCAAGGCUUGUGGAUUACGUUCAGAAAAGAAAUGAAAUACGUUACCGGAGGGGAUUGGGAGGACGAAUUGUAAUACAAAUCGCAAAGUGUGAAUGCACAUACGAAUAAUAUCGUUCUGCUUUAUUUUUGCCUUCCGAUCGACCUUUCGAGAUCAAAAGUCGGCUGAGGACGAUUCAUCGUGGUGAUGCAAUAGUGAACCUUUUUUUCCUGAACUUACCCUAAUACGCAAAAUGUGUUCAGUAACGAUUGUUUGCGUUAACCGGAUGAAUAAAAACAAAUGUCGGCAAUCCACGCGGAUUAUUAUUACUUUUCAUGAGCCAUUUCGGAGGCGGCGCCCUAACCUUCCCUAACCGUGGGUAUUAAAUUGAAACAAAUAGCACACGGGCAGGAGUAAAAAACUGCAGCCCGAAAAAUCACGUGUCGGUGGAUAAUUAAUAUAAAUGUUCCGACGACAAGCGCUGCAACAGAUGCUAAAUUGUCUCCUCAUUCGUUUUGAGUUUUGGUUUCUUCCUCUUACGU